AUGACAGAUUGUAAGCCUUCUCCUUCUCCAGCAGAUAGCACAUUCCAAUUGUCCAAACAUGGUGAAACCUUUGAUGAUCCAUCAUUAUAUAGGAGUAUUGUUGGGGCUCUUCAAUAUGCGACUAUCACACGACCAGAGAUCUCUUUUUCGGUGAGUUGUGUUUGCCAAUAUAUGCAUAAUCCUACCUUGGAUCAUUGGAAAGCUGUGAAACAGAUUCUUCGUUAUCUCAAAGGCUCUCUUACACAUGGAAUAACCAUCACGCCAUCCACUUCCUCUAUUAUAAAUGUUUACUGUGAUGCAGGGUGGGCUGCUGAUCCUGAUGAUCGUCGUUCUCAUCAUGGAUUUGCUGUAUAUUAUGGUCCUAAUCUAAUCAGUUGGUCCUCGCGAAAGCAAAAGGUAGUAGCUCGGUCUAGCACUGAAGCUGAAUAUCGUGCCAUUGCAUUUGCCGCAUCAGAAGUAUCUUGGAUAACUAGUUUGGUUAAAGAACUUCGAUUGCCCUGUCCUCGUCCUCCCGUGAUAUUCUGUAACAACAUCAGUGCCAUUUAUCUCACUGCCAAUCCUGUCUUUCAUCAAAGGUCGAAGCAUAUUGAAAUUGACUAUCAUUUUGUUCGAGAGAAGGUUGCGUGUGGACAACUUUGUGUUCAAUACAUUCCUUCCACUGAUCAAAUUGCUGAUGUAUUUACUAAAGCUCUAAGCUCCUCUCGAUUUGCUCAUCUACGGUCCAAGCUCACUGUCUCCAAACCCGACAUGUGCUUGCCGGGGGGUGUUAGAUGA